AUGAGUUUCUGAAGAUCUCGAGCACUUGACGAUUUCAUUUUAUUUCUUAAAGUUGCUGUUAAUAAUAUUAUUGCAGUUAUGAGUCACUAGUUACUACUAGCAGCUUCGUUUCCAGUUGCUGCCAGUGUGAGCCGGGGAGCGCCAUUUAGACUGAAGUAGUGCUGCACGACCAUUGCUCGUUAUCGUUAUUUCUUGGUUUCCCGCCAUUCUUUGGUAUCAGUCGUGAGUCUGUGAACAUCAUGUGUUCUAUAAUCGGUUCAUUGGUUUUUUGGGAAGCUGUCAGUACUGCGCGCAGUGGGCAGUUUAAAUAGGAAUCCCAUGUUUCGAAUUCGGAGUAUUGAUUCAAGAAUUUGCUUUCUUGGAGCUUUUGCCGUGUGAAGAACUCCAAUCUCGUUGAUUCUGGGCGUCUGGUCACGCACGGCUAAUCCAAAUUUCGUCGAUUGUAAUUUGCAUUGCUUUACGACGUGAGCGAUGUCCGAUCCUGCAGCGUGCUGCGUGUUGUUGUGUCCUUCGUCGGAGCAGUCGCGUUCCUUGCGCAGCGUGUGUUUCUUCGAUUUCCCGCAUCCGAACGAUCCGCGGUAUCCCGUCUGGAUUGAGCGGACACUCCGUCCAAAAGACUGGACUCCUUCUCCAUCCAGCAAGAUCUGCAGCAAACAUUUUCGUCCGACCGAUAUCCUCGCGUUGCCGCAAGCAGAUAAUUCCAAACGAACGGAGAAACGAUUGAAAUACGAUGCUCUGCCGUGCGUUUUCGAAGGCGUUCCCGAUUCCAUGCGUCCACCAACACAUGCUGUGCCGCGCGCCGACAGCCCCGAAAUUAUUCUGCCCAGCCAGUGUUCAAAGAAGCGUUCUGCCGAUAGUUUAGACGAAAUUAUCGGCAGUGAUACUUCGACAGAUCCAAAUGAAGGCGGGAACGCUUCGGUUGAAAAUACCAAAUCUCGACAAGAUGCACAGUUGAAUUCUCCGCCUGCGAAUCUCAAUAUACUGCUGAAUAACUCUCGAAAUACAAAUGCCAUCUCGCCAAGCACUAUUCCAGCUGCUAAAAGGGCCAGACAUCUUCCUCCUGUUUUCAGCACAUCGAAACCAAUCCAAAUUCGUCCGCCGAAUCGGAAUACGAAAAGUGUGUCCUUAACAAAUGCAUUUAACGGGGCAGUCCUGCAAAGCCCAUCUGCCGGGACCGUUAUACCUUAUUUGAUACGGACAGCAGGUAAUUCAAUCAGCCCGGGAGUUACGUUCUUGGUAAUGCCUAAUCCGACUACACUUCCGGCUGCUGCUUCUCCGAUUGCGCCUCCACUGGCUGACCACAUACAACCUGGAUCCUCCAGAAAUCGUGAGGCAACGAGAGCAGUAUGUUGUGUGCCGGGAUGUCAGAAUGUGUGUCAGUCGAAAAGGCAGCAUGCCCUUCCAGGGAAUCCGAAAUUUUUCCGGUUCGUUGCGAUUGAUGAUCCGCGUUAUAGAACGUGGACGCAGCGAUUACGGUACAACUCAUCUUGGAUUCCGGAUCCCAGCGAGAGAAUUUGCAGUGAUCAUUUUCACGAGUCCGAGAUCGAACCUGGCAGGGCUUGUCUUGUGAGAACAGCUCUGCCCAUUCAGCUAUCCUGUAUGGCUUCAUUAUGCGGGUUUAACACAGCAGAUAUGGCGUCCGGAGUAAUUGGUUGCGCUGUGUGCGGCUUGCGCUCACCAGCUGGCAGACAACCGAAAGCAUCAGAAAAGCUGACGUUUUUUCGAGCGCCUACUGCCGCGUUGCAUGCCAUACGAAGGAAAUGGGUGGACUUUUGCAAUGCACAGCGGAAAGACAUUGACUGGGCAUUAAUCGGGGCGGAUAUGCCGUGGUUUGUUUGUGAAAAUCAUUUCUUAGAGAGGUACAGAAAUGCGGUUGAAGGACUUGGCUCUGUUGUUGGUGACAGCGAAGCAGUUCCGUCAUUGCCCUAUUUCCUGGACAUAAACUACACUGACCCUAAACUGGCGACAUCUAAUUUAAAUCCUGGAUUGCCAGUUGACGGUUUCGGUGAAUUUUCUGCGUUUGAUACGGGCGUUGAUACAGCGGAAGAUGACAGUCAAAGUGUAGCUGGCAGUCUCACUGGCUUGUGUAUAGAUACUAUUGGGUCGGCAUUGAAUAACGCCUGGGAUUUCGAUGCAACCGGAGACGAUGAUUCGCUCGUGGAAGUUGACGACUUAGACGCGUCCAAACUGGGCAGCACGAAAACACUUUGUGCUCCCUUGAGAAUGUUGAGAACCACCGAAAAUGGUCUUCCGGAGGAUGAGAAUUCUGCUAACGAAGAGCCGGUUGAGACUUCGCGUCCUCUUUCGCCCCCGAGAUGUGCCCCGGAUGGUGCUUUCGUGUAUUGCGACUGCUGUCACCAAUUCCUCCCUACUCCAUGCUGGCUGCACGCAGCCAGCAUUUGUGAUGAGCCAGUUGUUCCGUUGUCCGUCGGCAGUUUGCCCAAGAUGCUCUACUUAGAUCUUUGCGACGAUUCGCUGACUGGGAAAGCUGUGUUCACCAAGGAAGUGAUUGCCCGUAAUACUUUGUUUGGACCGUUAAUUGCACCGCUUACGCCGGGCGAUAGUGAGAAGGCGCGAUAUUUUUGCGUGACGGACAAGCACCGCAAAUAUUACGAACUGGAGUCGGAUUACGCGUGCAACUGGAUGAAGCAUGUCCGGUUUGCCGACAGCCUGCAAAACAGCAAUUUGCUGGUGUUCUCGCGCGGAUCGGAAGUGGUCUUCGUCACCAUCAAAACAGUCGCUCCCCGCGAAGAACUGAAGGUGUGGUAUUCCAAGCAGUACCUGAAAAUGGUAGAACCGCACGGAAACGCUCUUGUUGAAGAUAAAGAACUGGAAGCUGGGGAGGAAGUUGGUGGAACCUCUUUGCCAUGCGAUGAUUAUACCGAAAUGGAAGAACUCGCACCUGCAAGCGCACGUGCGACACGAAGUCCGUCACCAGGGGCAGCUGUUUGUAUGGAAAGCGGCGGGGUAUCUGACAACGCGGAAAAGCUAGCUGAGCACGUGGAUGUGCACGGCAAGCAUAUGAAGAAAUGUCUGAUCUACAGCGGCUGUCACCCUGACAUGAAGAGACAUCUCGCACGCAAUCAUCCGCAGAAUCUAGGCGAGACAAGUCAUCCUGAAUGUGGAAAAGAAGUAUCGUCCGUGCGAUACCACCUGAGGGCUCACCGCGCGAAAGCCGCACUGGUCGCUUGCACGUGUAGUGACUGCGGUCUGGGAUUCAAGACCGAUAUCGUAUGUCGAUUGCACAGAAUACAGCACGGAAACGAAGAAUCAACGGAUCUGCUUCGUGAUACACGCGAAUGUCCUGAAUGCCAUCAAAAGUUGGAAAAUUUGGAGCAGUUGGUUGCACACAUUAGCGAGCACGUGAGAGCAACGGAAAAAUGCCCGGUAUGCGGAGACCGGUAUGCUGCUUUAUCUGGCCACAUCCAUCAUGAUCACCCGGAUUAUCGCUGUCAGAUUGAUGGGAUAGCGGAACCUGACAAGGAAAACAAUGGCCCAUAUGAUGAUAAUAGUCACGGCGUGCAAGUGCAGUCCGACAUUGUGACUUGCGACAUGUGCGGUUUACGCUUUACGAACGAUGAACUGUCCGAACUGCACAAAGUGAACCAUGGAUUAUAUAGUAAAAAUUUGAAAAACACCGAAAAAUGUCCGGAGUGUGGAGGGAUGUUUCAGCAGCUGCAGGAGUUGGCAGAACAUGUUGGUACGCACGGAGAGCAGACGAAGAAGUGCUCGCUGUGCAGCAAGUGGUUCGGUGCACUGCAUCAACAUACUCCGCGAUGUCAAAACCACACCGAUCACCAUCACCGCUUAGAAUCUUCUGAUGAUGCCGGCACAGAAACGCCGACAUCUCGAAAAACUGGAGAAUAUGUACCUUCGACUAAAAAUCUUGAAUGUCGGGAAUCCCGGAAGGAAUUUCAUCGUGCCGGUUUGCAAGCACACAUGAAGAUAUAUCACGAGGCACUGAAAUGUUUGGUUUGUGACGAAGUGUUCGGGAGUGAUGCUGAUCUGCAGCUGCAUGUGCUCGCUCACACCAACAAAAACCAACUGAAAUGCGGAAUCUGCCGGAAAAUAUUCCAGUCAUCGCGUAUCUUUUCAGCACAUGUGAAAGAGCACGAAAGCAGGGAAUUCUACGUUGUUGAAAAACCGGAGCCUAAUGAAUGCGUGUUGUGCCGGAAGUCAUUCGCGGAUUUUCCCGAACUGAAUCAGCACGUGAAGAAGCACAAUAUUAACGGUGGAUUUGAAUGCCCUAUGUGUAACGCGACGUUCUCUUUCUAUCAUUUAUUGUCCCGUCAUGUGAUAGAGGAACAGCAUUUGCGUCCGAAAACCGGCAUUCCGUGCAGCAAAUGCGAUGAAGAGUUGCCCGACGAAAACACACUGCAGCUGCAUUUGUUUACCCGCCACGAUGCGGAAUUGAUCGCGCAUGCUUCAGCGCCUGUGGAGGACUCCCUAAUGGAAAUGGAAGAGGAGAUGGGUCGGGAAUGUUGGCGGGAAACGAUGGCAGGGUUGACAGACGGAAGUGCUGAAUAGACAGCAAGGCUGUCGCAUCCGCAAAUGUUGUGAUAGCGCUGUGUCAACGACUUUCGUUUUAAAUCUGACAAGUAGUGAUAUCGCAUUUUGUUUUCGGUUUGUGAUUUGAUAUUUUUGUAUUAGACAUUUUUCUACGAAGACGGGGGUGCAGUGAGUGACCAUUGCCCAAGCGGGUUAUUGAUGAGAACCUGUUUUCAGCUUGGGCUGUAUGUGUUUGUAAGCAAUUUAGUGGUUCAUUUGGGGCAGAUUUGGGCGCAGAUUUCAGCGUUGUUGUUUAGUCUGUUGGUGCGUAUUUCUUUGCUAUGACACUAAUGACAGCCUUUUGUUUUCAAAAUAA